AUGCAGCAGGAAGAGUACUGGUGGAUUCCCCAGAACCUGACAGAAGGGUGCACUUCGAGCUGCCGGGCCAGCCUCGACUCGUGGGUGUCGUCAGUCCAAGCAGCAUGCUCAGGCCAAACGCUUCGGUGGGAAGGUCGGCUCGUCGCGCCGGACACACUGCCUCAGAUGUAUCGCCACACCUUCACCUUGGCUUGUAUCCCAGGCGGCGCCUCUGGGUGGUGUCUUGUCGACAGCCAGGAGUGGGUGGGAAGUGACAUGCUGCGGAACGAUGAGCACAUGUGCGCCACUGGCCACGUGGAAUACGACCAUGACCUAUGUUUUACCAAGGACUUUGACCCGUUUGCCGUGGAGCCAGGCGACGUGCGGCUAGCCAAUCUCUACGACCGGUCCAUGGUAUGCAGCGAGUGUUUCCUUCAGAUCCUGCACCGGAGACUCCUGAACCCAGGUCUUGCCGACGGAGACUGGACGGACUACCUGAUCGCUCAGCAUUCCGACCUGCAGACCUACUGCAGCACUAACAUGCCACUUACCGCCACGAGGACGUCUACUGCGGUCCCGCCAGUCACCGGAACAGCCACGCUGACCACGUCUGGACCCGCUGCGUUCACGACCUGCGCUGGUGCCCUGGUGACGCCGCCCUCAGAACCCGGAGUGACCUGCCACAUGCUCUCGGAGCAGUACAACGUCACAACGGGUGACCUCACAGUCCUCACUAAUGAUUGGGACUGUCAAUUCACCGAGUCAGUCUGCAUUCCGCCUCCAUGUCAGAUCAUGAUGAUUGGUUGGAUGGAGACAUGCGAGACCUUGGCUCGCAAAGUGUCCACGGGUAGUUCCAACAUUACCGUGGUGCAGUUUGGCGAAUGGAACCCGCGAAUCAUCGGACCCUGCGACGACAUCCGUGGAAACCAGUACAUUUGCGCGUCGCCCCAAGGUGGUAUUUACGUGCCGCCACCUCCGGUGCACGCCUCAUCCACCACGUUGGCCAAGUAUUACACCACAGCCCAACCGGCUCGUCCAACCCACCCCGGCACCACAACAAACUGCGGAAAGUACUAUGAAGUCGAUGCCGGCGAGACGUGCCAGAACCUGGCCUUUACAGCAGGUAUUUCCCUGUCCGACUUUCUCAGCCUCAAUCCCCAGAUCGAGGGCGAUUGCAUCAACCUAUGGUUGGGGUAUUCGUACUGCGUGGCCCCCGUAACUCCCGCAACUCCCGGCACGGACGGGAAAUGUGGCCCUGACAACGACAACACCAUUUGUGCCGGCACAGGCUUCGGGAAAUGCUGUUCGGUGCACGGGUUCUGCGGGAGUAGCCAGCAGCACUGCGGAGCGGAUUACUGUUAUAGUGCCGAGCGAGGGCGGCCCAUAUGGUUACUCUCCCGAUGGACGAUGCGGUCCCGACCAUAACGACUGGAUAUGCGGGAGUGAGUUUGGGAACUGCUGCUCGAUAUACGGCUGGUGCGGCAGUGGCAGCGACUUUUGUGAAGCUGGGGUCUGUUACAGUGGACAGUGUGAGACGGACAACGGUGGCCCCAGUUUAGACGGCUCCUGCGGCCCUAACUUCGCUGGUAACAAAACCUGCCUAGGCACGCAGUUUGGUAGCUGUUGUAGCCUGCAUGGGUAUUGUGGCGACGGGCCGUCUUACUGCGGCCCCGGGAACUGCUAUUCUGGCUUGUGCAGCGGGGGGCCAUGAUAUUCGAUAUCAAUCAUAGGAAUGGGAACAAUGUUAUGUGCGGC